UCCUGGAACAGAUUGUAGUGAGACCUGUGCUAUUGGGAAUCAGUGGAAACCACGACAGACAGUACAAAUAUCGGAGAAAGCUGGUCAGAUCGAAAGAAAAGGAAGUUUUCUGAAAGAGAGGCAAAAUUUAUCUUUGCAGAGUGAAAACUCUGUGUCAGCCAAAAAUAACUUUGAAAAAAAAUUGAAACCCACCACUCCUGCAGAAAAUGCACAUUUAAAAACUGUCCGAGCCACCAUGUUUGACCACAAUGUCCAGAGGCAUAAUGUUGCUGCUGGUCACCCUGUAAUUGAUCCUACACGAAAGCUGACUAAUGAAUUUGAAGGCAAAUAUGAUGUUGUGACUUUGCUAAGCCAUAACAGAAGAUCUGGGAUGGAAAAAAAAUUACAGGAGAAAACUAGUUCAAAGAGAGAGUGUCACAGUCAGUCUGAUUUAUCAGGAUAUGUAGCAGAUGCAGAAAAAUGUGGAAAAACAAUUUAUCUAAAUGAAGGCAAGAAAAUUUCUCAUGCAGUUCCAGUGGAAAAACAUUCUUCAUCUGAGAAAUGUGAAAAACCCACUCCUAAGCAUGUAGAGGACUCUCUAAUUUACCAUCGAAUAGAGCCAAGAUAUGAAAUCCUUCAGACUUUUGGUGAAAGAGCACUUAGUGAAGCUAUUGCAGUAGUACCUGAAGAUAAGGCUGUGACACUCAGAACUAGAAAAUCUUCUGUGAAAGAGAAGAGAAAACCUGAUGGGAAUGUCUUACAUCCUGAUCAGCUGUGUGGGCUAGAUAAUAAAACUGACCCCUUGAAAGAAGGUAGUUUUAUUUCAGACACUAAAGACAUGUUGGACACUUCUACAAAAAAGUUUACUUUUAGAGAACCUAAAGAUGUCUUCCACAGCAAAUGUACUUUCCAUGAACAGAUAACAGAGUCCAAUAAAAAUCAGAGUGAACAGGUAUUUAUAACUGAGAAAUCAUCUUAUGCUACAAACAAAAGUAAGGAUUUAGGGAUAGCAAAUGAAAAAAUGAUACAACUGCAUCCUGAAAUGCAAAGAGAAAAGAAUAUCUCUUGCAUAGAUAAAACAGAGUUUUCUAAUGUGACCAAAUACUUUUCUGAGAGAGCUGGUAUAAAACCAGUUAGGACAGAUGGCUAUGAAUCCAGAGCUGACUUAGGUCAAGAUGUUAUUCAACCAGUGCCAAUAAACAUGGGAGUCAUAUUUCAGUGCCUGGGAAAUAGCCAAUUGUAUAAACCCUCCAUGGACCCGCAUCCUAGCACAGAAGUAAUAACUGCUGAUAAAGAGAAAUCCAGAGUCUUUGGAUUAAGGAAAUAUGCAGACUCAAUUUGUGUAAGAAAAGAUUUAGGGUUAGAUGUUGCAGCCCUUGAAAUGAAAGAGACAAACUCAGAUUAGUAGAACCAGAAGAAAAAGUCAGAAGAACUAGUAGUAGUGUUUCUGACCUUAAAAUUUCAGAAAGGUGGCGAAGGAAGAACCUUGCCUCAGGACUCUAGCAAGCGAGAAGGAGUUAUCCCACUAACUCAAGAAAGUGUCAAAAGGCUGAGUAGAACAGAUUCUUUGCAAUUUGAUGAGGUGCAAUAAAGAAGAAAAGUAAAAGAUGCAAAGAUGGGAUAAAAUCAAAGGAAGUGAACCAAACAGUUUCAAUCAGUCCUGAUGAUUAUUGAAGAAGCAGGUUUCUCCCUUUGAACCAAAGGCAACCUAUUUUGCAGUUACGUAUCAGAUUCCUGAUAAAAAAGAAGAAAGCUCUGUAAGUACUGUUAAUGCAAAUGAAAAUAACCAAAUUCCCACAGAGGUUGAAAGUGCACCAGUUAACCUGAACUCUGGUUCUUCCAGAAGGUCUAAUCCUACAUCUCAGCAAUCCUAUAAAAAUGUACCGAGUACACAUUGUAAAGAUAAGUCCCUAGAAGCAUGUGUUAACAAGCAUUGGGUUAAAGAGGAAGAACAAGAUAUUCUAAGUUUAAAAAAUAUAUAUCCAGUGCUUGGAGAGGAUGAUAAUAGGAGGUCUUGUGAGAGAGGGCUGGAUCAUGCUAAAGAGAAAACUAUAGAUGUUGAUGCUUUCCUCUUAAAACACGGCCUGAAAAAUACUAUUCAACCUGAUCUAAAAGAUAGUGGAGGAAAAGUCUCCUCAUACCAUGAGCUAAAAUCCACACUACACUUCAGGCAUUUGCCCAAAGACAGUGAACUAUUUACACAAAAUAAGUUUGGGAGAAACAGUCAUGAUGCAUUCAGAGUGAAUACUGAAGAUAGGUAUAGAUCUAGAGUUCUAGAUAUUGAUGCUCUUAUAGCAGAAUAUAAAGAGGAAUCCAUAAAGGCCAGUAACAUUCAAGAAAAAAAAGAUGACCAGUUCUCUGAAGAUCCGAAUAUGUUUUAUUGGAGAAGUCAAAGUACAAAAAGAAUGUGCUGAUAAAAUUCCACACAGCUAUAACUGGAAAGAUGGGAAGAACUUGGAUCAAUCUGCUAGUAUCACUAAACAAGGUACCUAUGCAGAAGAACACCGCAGGCCGGAGAACUUAACUCUACAUGAAAACAGCAAAGAGAAACUGGAGUCCUGUAGCCAAGAAUGGAGUAAGCAAAAGUCCAAAGAUAGAAAAUUCAGUCCUCCCCCUUGGGGAAAGCCUAGUUCACUUUCGGAUAAACUUACAAAUUCACCUGCUGACACUACUGGUACCAGAAAAAAGACGUUUAUUAUUGAUGAGGAUCAAGGGAAGAAUUUAACAUCUAGGCUCCAAAGUGCAAAGUACACAAAUAACAAGGUACUGCCUGCAAAUCCUAUUAGUGUGGACCAAAAACUGGAAGUCAGUUUAGCUUCUAAUUCCUCCACCGAUGGUGGUGGUAGUGGCGGUGGCUUAUUACAGAAGGAAUUGUUCACAAAACAGCAGUUCACAGAGAUGUCUUGGAUGAUGACUGGCACAAAAUGUAACGAGGAGCUCUGUAAAUAAGAACAAAGAGAGUGCAAACAAAACCUCACAUGAGAGUGACUUUUCCAAUAUGAAGAGCAAAGCUGAGUGGAAUGACCUUACAUCUGGUUUUGGAAAUGCACUGCCAGAUUUAAAACGAUCAUACUCAGAAAAGAACCAUCCUGCUAAAGCAAGAGGCAGCAUGCCUCUGAGUGAAGAAGCAAAGGAAAGGAGGGAUCAGCCCAAAUUCAGGCAAAGCUUCCCAUUGGGAAGUGAAGAAAACAGACUGAAAAAGAGGAGUGCGUAUCAACAAAAAUCUUUCUCCCAUGAAAAUAAAAAGGACUCUGAAAAAGAAUGGACCAAGCAGAAUUCUGACAGAUCAGGUGGGAAAGACUUGACUGUAGUUCCUAUCCAGAGAAGAAGCCAUAGCUUUUAUAAGGACCGAAGAGCACAUCACUGGACGGAUCAACUGAGGCAGUGCUUUGCCAGACAACCCCCAGAGGCCAAGGAUACAGAUACACUUGUGCAAGAGGCUGACAGUCAAUAUGGUACCUGGAGUGAGCAGCGCCACAGUGGGGACAGCUUUGUGCCCGAGUCUCCUUCCUCAGAAAGCAAUGUUGUUUCAACAAGGAAGCAGCCACCAAAUAGCUGGCUGUCUUCUCUCUCUUCUCAAACGGAACCUGCCUCCAUGAUCGAUCAACACGAUUCCUUAAAAGACCAAAGGAGCACAAGUUUGGACCGUUCCAGUACUGAUGUGGAUUCAACUGAUGGUAUUGAGGGAACCCUUCAAGCAGAUACCUACCCUGAGGAGAAAACCAUUGACUUCUCCUUCAUUGAUCAAACUUCUAUACUGGAUUCCAGUGUCCUGAAAACCCGUGUGCAGCUCAGCAAAAGGAUUUGCCACCGGCCACCUAGCUCCCAUUCGCUCAGGAGAAGCAGAUGGAUAGAGUCCGAAAACAAACUCUCUGCGAUGCAGGAGACUGACAGCACUUGGAUGUUUAAAGACUCCACAGAAGAGAAAUCUACAAAACAGGAAGAGUCUGAUGAGGAAGAAAAAAUACACCGAACUGAGAGAUCCUCAGCUGUGCAACCUCAGAGACUUCCUGUUUUUCCAGGCAUGGACCACUCUGUUCUCAAGGCUCAGCUUCGGAAAAGACAAGAGCCCGAGAGUCCCAGUGAAAUAAAUUCUGCACAGCUAUUUAAAUCCCAAUUCCAGCAAGGAGCUCCUGGUGGCAGGGUACUGCCCUCUAGUGCUGAGAAGGAGAACAGAUCAGAAGAAAUGUCUCCUCAAUGGCUGAAAGAGCUGAAAUCGAAGAAGAGGCAGAGCCAGCAUGAGAAUCAGGUUUGAGAAGACACCAAUUAUGACUAGGAAAAGACGGAGAAGUAUAACAGAAGCCUUAACUCAUCUGAACCUAAAAUUCACACAUCAUGCUGCUGCUGUUUGCUUCCUGCCUCGACUGCUAUGUGCAUGGUGCCUUCCUGCUUUGUGGAGAAAGCUGCUUAAUAUUCAUAGACAAAUACAAAGCUGUAUCUUCUCAGAUAGGGAAGGAUAUAGUCACUUUAGAACUACUUGAAGUAAGAGAUGGUGCAGUAUAGUUAGUAGUUCAGAAGGUCUUGCCAGAGGGUGACAUUUGUUCUAGGAAAUACGGCGCAUCAGAAAAAGUCCCCUUGCCUUCAAACAAAGAUGACAUCUCUGCAGAAUUAAGCUAUGUUCAGUAACUCAAGCAUGUGAAUGCUAGUAAGCGUGUCAAGUGUAAAGGCUGGGGUUUGUAUUUGUUUAUGAAAAUAACAAAAUUUUAAAUUAUAUUCAUCUUUCUUGUGAACUAAUAGUGGUUCCUAUUCAGAAUGAAGUUUGUGGAAGAGAGAGUGAAAGAACAAAUCCUGUUUACGCCAUAUUAAAAAAUGAAACUUGACUGAUAUUUUUUUAAAGAUAUUUUUGAUUGGCUGAUGCUUGCACAUGAUCUGCUGAUCAGGCAGAUCGAGUUGAUUUUUAGAUUGAGCAUAAUGUUAAUUUUUCAUUCUUUAACUGAGAUUAUCUGGUCUGUCAGCAUGUAGUAUAAUUGCAUCAUUAGAAUGUCAUAUUCUUAGGAUGAUAAAGCAAUAAUGUCAACCAAUUCUCUUUAAAAAUAGAUGUAAAUAUUGUUUUUAUUUCUCAAAAAAAAGAGACGAGGAAGGAUGUAUAGUCUUAUCAAUAUGAGGGUUCCAGGUAAUUGUUGAAUGUCAUUCUAGAAGCACCUCAGAUUGUCCCACUGGAUAUUUUUAUUAGUUACCUUUGUAAAUAUCAGUUUUAAGUGUUUAUUUUUAUGCUGAUUUUGUAGGAUAAUCUAAAUGCAAUCUCUCACUUCUCAACUGUUUGUUGAAAUGAUCUAUACAUUUUACUUUGGUAAGACCAAAUGUUGGUAUGUCAGCAAUGUAGAUAAUACUAACAUCACAACACAGAUGUGUCAGUCACAUCAGAAGAUUUUUGAUGUUUUUGGAUCCAGAUUCUGAAAUCGGCUAACGAAGAAGUUCAUUUAUAAAUAAAUUAUAAAUGGAUACUGUAUUUAAAGUAUGUAUUAGUUACUUACUUUUCCCCAAGUGCUCUUUCCAGAAAAUCUUUUAAAAAUAUACGCUAACAGGAAAGCUCAUUCUGUAAGGUAGGCACCCCCAGGACUCCGAUAAGGAGAGUAAGUGACAUGGAAAGGAGAAUUGAAUCAAAGUAGAAGAGCUCUUUCUAUUCUGCUAUUCUCAUAACUUUCUGUGGCAAACUGUCUGGGCCUGAACAGUCAGAUAUGAUGAAGUUGCACACAGUUGCAUUGUGGGAGCAAAACACAGAGUUCGCUGUCUACUGCACUGCAGUUCUUGUCUCCUACUGAAAGGUUAUUAUAUAAAUUAAAUGUUAAAAAUCAGGCACCAGCACUUGCACGCAUUUUCCCUUUUUCUUCUCAGCGUUUCAGAAGGCUUGUCUUAUGUGGUACUACCACAACAGUUCACCUGCUAGUCAAAGGGAUAACCUUUGUCUGCCAUCCAUCAAGUUUUUAGCUGCCAUAAACCAUGUGCCAACUUUUGUCAUAAAGAAGUCACAAAUGAGGUGAUUUCACUCCCAGCCUGUAUUUCAGUAAAUAACUGCAAUAUCUCAAGGAUAUGACCGGUAUGCUCUUCUCCCUUUUACUAUCAGAAUUCUAACAGUAGCACCCCUUAUUUUAUAGAAAUACAAAUGAAUAUUUUUUCACUUCAAAAUAAAAAUGUCUUUGUUCAGUUCUUUGCCCUACUCCAUGUAAGAGAGGUGACAAUGCCAGAUAUGCUGUUUUACAGUUUCUUCUGCCACAGCUCAGUGAAUUCUCAAAUAUUACUGCCAAACGGAGUCACACUUCUGCCCUCUUUCAUGUGGCUAACCCCCCUUUUCCCCUCCUCCCACCCAUAAGGGGAAGGGGGAGAAGCUUCCAGAGGAGCGCAAUUGUCCAAACUAUUAAAGAGACACUGUUGACUGCUUUUUAAAACUAGUUGUAUAUAUUUUCUGCCCAUUGUUUAUGUGGUGAGUGACCUGUUUUUAUUUUGGAAAUGUAACUUUUAGGCAAGCUUUGUAUUUUUCUGUGCUUGUAAUGCAUCAGCCAGCUUGUUUUGUCAGAUGUGUACCAGAUGUUCUUGGUGGUGUUGGUGUGUACAACUUGAACAGUAUUAGCUGCAGGGUUUUUAGGUGUGACAGAAGAAUGUUGGUCACUUUUAAUUUCCCUUGCUAAGUGUGUGAGUGGCUUUUUUUUUAAGGUAUUCAAAACCCAAAUAAAUUUAUUUGUGACCAUAAAAAUGCUGAGGGAGGUUUAAUUUUAGGAUUGAGCAACUUGAUAGUGUCUCUUUAAUGACAAAAAGAAAAUGAGUACUUGUGGAAAAGUACUCCUUUUCUUUUUGCGAAUACAGACUAACACAGCUGCUACUCUGAAACCUGUCUUUAAUGACAGAGCAUUUUGUCUAACGCUUCCUGAUGCAACAAAAUGAAAGCCACAAACUCUUCAGAUUGUUAGCUGCAGUGUUUUUGCUGUGCAUUCUGGUAUACUGAGGGGAUUGGUUUUGCAUAUUGGCAAAGCCCUUUGAAUGAGUAUGUGUUUCCAUUUCUUUAUGGACAAUGCACUGAAAUUUACUGUAGUUUUACUGCUAGUGAGAAAUGUUUAAUCUUAUAUAUGUCUGACGAAAAAAAUCUUUAGGAUGAGGUUGAAUGGGAUAGUGUUUUUUUUUCUGAUCUUUUAUUUCUUCAUAUUGUAUGUGAAUUAAAUAUCUAUUUUCUCUUGUGA